AUGUUUAGCAAACAAGUUCGACACUUCACUUUGUCUCCCAAUUGGUCAUCUAUAUUCCUUUUGCAACGCCCGGAAGGUUAUUGGGAACUUACUCCGGAACUGGGAACUCUACUAAACUGCAAUAUAUCCCACUUUGCCGAUGAUUUCCUGAAAAGAAAGGGCAUUGCUUCACUCGGUCUGAAGGCUCAUGCAGACAUCUUGAAACUUCUGGCCACGCUUCUGGUUUUGCAACUGAUGAGGCUGCAAAAUACCAAAGAGGGAACGAUGCUGCGGACUCUCUUCCGCCUGGAGGACGGUGCAGACAGGCCUGAGUACUGGGCGGCUGUGAGCAGGGCCGUGCAGUGGGCGUGUUGGGCAGACGGGCAGUACCCCUGUGUCUGCAGCCGCCUGGAGAUCGGCCUGAGCUGGGACUCUUCCACCAAACAGCUCCUGGGAGCAGAGAGCAUCCAGCCCUGGUCCCCUCUGACAGGACUGGAUCUGAACCCCAGACCGUACCGAGGUCCCAUGAUGCGUUGUUAG